AUGCACAUUAAGCAAGAUACCCGAGAAAACUUCUUAGAACGUUGUUUGAUAGAAUCAUUAAAAUCUAAGCACGAUUCAAAUAAGCCUCAUGUUUGGAGUUUUCUCCAUACACUCAUUCAAAACAAUCCAGAAACUACAUUCAGCAGAGUAUUUAACUAUUAUUUUAAAAAAAAUGAAAGUUUAAUUAUGGAAUCUAAAAUUAAAAAACUUACGUUGUCAUCAAAUUUUUAUGAUUGGGUUCUUAGAAAAUUUGGACCAGAAGCACAGAUUACAAGACUUUGUUUUGAAGACAUAUUAAGAGCUCGAAUUAGCAUAGAUAAAAAUCUUCAACAAAAUGUUAAUGUGGACAUACCUACCGGAAUAAAUCAAUAUGAAUUUCAAGCAAUUUGCAACAUUUUUAAAGUUUAUUGUAAUACAAAAAAUUUUUAUCUUCCAUCACAUUUAGAUACAAUCUCUCAGUGCACUAGUCAAGAUAUUUUAGCACCAUUAUUCAAGUAUUAUUUACCUGAUUUAUUUAAUGUAGAAAAAACUUUUGAAUUGCCAAUGCAAAUUAUUGAUGACACAGAUAAUCAUUAUAAGGAUAUAUCUAUAAGAUUUAAAAGAAAAAGAAAAAAACGAAUUUUAAAAGAGUGGAAUCAAGCAUUAAACAAUAUAUUAAAUAAUAAUGAUGCUCAGUUUAGAUUAACAGAAACAUUUCGUAAUUAUCUUCAAGAAUUCAUUUAUGAAAAAUUACAAAAUUCAGAAUUUUUUAGUAGAAAUAGUCAACAUUAG